AUUGCAGAAAUCCGCGCUAACCGGGGAGUUUGAAGGCAAGGAGCGAUUUUUUACGAAUCAGGGCUAGCAUGGCGGGCUAUAUGGUCCUUGCUAAGCCACCAAGUUUAGUAUCAGUGGCCACAACCGGGCACUUCACUGCUAAAAAUGGUAUCAACCUUGUUAUCGCAAAGAAUUCAAUUGUAGAGAUUUUCGAGCUCACUCCCGAAGGUCUGAAACUUAGAAAGGAGUUUAAAGUUUUUGGAUCGGUUGCUGCAAUGAAAAUGAUGUUACCACCAGGCUGUGAAAAAGAUGUCCUAUUUAUUGUCACCGAGAAAGGUGAUAUAACAAUGUUAGAAUGCACAGAAGACGGUGAUGAACUUUCUAUAAAUACUUUGUGCUCGAAAAAUGUCUUGCGAAAAACUGGAAGACUCACCGAAUGUGGAUUCAAGUGUUGCGUUGACCAGUAUUGCCGUUAUAUCGUUGUUCAUAUCUACUACGGCUUAUUAACGAUUAUACCUGUUUCAAACGUCGGUGUAAAUGGCUUGAACGCAAGCGGUACAUGGAAUUCCACUAAUGUUAUAGUUGACGAAAUGGAGAUUCUUGAUCUUUGUUCCUUGUAUGUUGAAGAUACACCAACUAUCUCCCUAUUAUUUAGAGAAGAUGGUUCGUAUUACGUAGGGACCUACGAAAUUGAAGAAAUGACCGAAGACGAAUAUAUUAUAACUGAAGGACCAGGAAAGCGUCAUAAAGUAGACGAUGGUGCACAAUUUAUUGUACCUGUACCUUGUCCAAUUGGCGGUAUGCUUGUCUUGGGGGACGAUAAUCAAACUAUAAGAGCUGUGGAGAUGGUCGAUGCGGACGGGAAAAGGUUUCUCGUUGGUGAUUCAUUUGGUCAUUUAUACAUUCUUAUUCUUGUUGCGGAUCCAACAUCCGCAACUGGUAUUAGGGAAAUACAAGUUGAACUACUUGGAGAGACAAAUAUACCAAGUUUAAUAACGUAUUUGGACAAUGGAUUUAUAUUUAUUGGUUCGUGUAGCGGUGACGCCCAACUUAUUCGUUUAAACAGAAAGAAAAAUGCGGUAACCAAUAGUUAUGUGGAAGUUAUGGAAAAUUUUGAUAAUUUAGGUCCAAUUGUUGAUUUUGUCGCUGUAGACGUAGACGAUAUGGGUCAAGAACAAUUGAUAUGCUGUUCGGGUAGAGAUAAGAAUGGAUCUUUAAGAAUUGUUCGUAAUGAUAUGGAGAUAAAAGAUAUUGGAACGGUUGAACUACCAGGUAUACUUGGUGUAUGGGCUGUCUCUUUAUUCUCUUCGGGAUCUUUUGACGACUCACUUUUCGUUACGUUUCCCGAUGAAACAAAAAUAAUAUUGAUAACGGAAGAAAUGGAAGAGAUUACCGUUCCUGGAUUCGAUCAUAAAGUAAGAACAUUGCACGUUCACGAAGUUAUCGAGGACCAAAUUAUUCAAAUUACGAGGAAAAAUUUAAUAUUAUGGAGUUCAACUAUGAGAAAGCAGGUCUUCCAAUGGAAAUUCGAACAAGAUAAAAAUAUUUCAGUUGGUACUAGUAACCGAGAGCAAAUAGUCAUUGCGUCCGCAGCUCAAUUUGUGUACUUUGAAAUAAUUGACGGCUCAGCUCAAAAGAUAAAUAGCCUGGAAAUUGAAUAUGAGAUUGCGUGCAUGGACGUAACGCCAAGAGGAACUUCGAAUCGUACAAAUAUUCUUUGUCUAGGCGUUUGGACUGAUAUGUCUAUAUUUAUAUUUGAAUUACCAACUCUGGAGAAGCUUUUUUAUUAUAAACUUCCCGGUAAUAUUAUCCCAAGAUCGAUUCUGACGGGAGUUUUUGGAGAUGUUCAUUAUUUAUUUAUCGCUAUGGGCGAUGGAAAAUUAUAUCAUUUCUUAUUGAAUAAGGAUAAAGCUUCUUUACAUAACCGAGUGAUGUUAACACUUGGAUCUUUGCCACUUCAAAUGUCGAAAUUCUCAUGGAAGGGUACCGAUUGCGUAUUCGUUUGUUCUGAUAGACCAGCUGUUGCAUUUCCUGUAAAUCAUCAGCUGAUCUUCUCCUUUGUCAAUAUCUCGACAGUUCGUCAUAUGACCUCGGCCAUUUUACGCAACAAUCGAGAAAAAAUUUAUCUAGUCAACGAAACUGAACUUCUUAUUGGUGAGAUGAAUGAAAUGCAAAGGUUACAAAGUCGAGUUAUUCCUUUAAGAGAAAGUCCUAGAAAGAUAGCCUAUCAACCUGAAACUAACACUCUUGCCGUGCUAACUAGUCGUUACGAUAAACAGAAGAAGGGGACUGAGGAAACAAUCCUUCUUGAUCAGUCUGCCAGUACGUCUGAUGUGAAAUCUCGUUCGUCGUUUGUCGAAGUUGGACCUUUUCCCUUGCCUCUUUUUGAGGAUGAUAGUCUUAUUGAAAUUUAUAAUUUAUUGAUUAUGCAUCAAGAUUCCUUUGAAAUAUUUCAUAUACACCAAUUUCAACCUCACGAAUACGCUCUAUCUCUUUGCAAUGCUAAUCUUGGCGAUCACCCCGAACAAUACUUUGUUGUUAGUACAGGCAUCAUUAGACCUGGUGACGAUGAGCCAAGAUAUGGGAGGAUUAUGGUUUUUAAAAUAUCCUUGGGCAGAGCAGUUAUCAGAUCAUGUUUAGAUAUUACGGGUGCGGUUUAUGCUAUUCAACCACUGUUGAAUAAUAAGCUAGUGUGUUGUUUUGACGAUGCUACAAGAAUUUACGAACUUGAUGAUAGGAUGAACAUGAACCUUAUCAAUACAUUCUCUGAUAAUAUUGCAGCUUACAACAUUGCCGUUACCGAGAGAAAUCGUAUCUACGUUGGUGACUUAUUUCGAACCAUAACAAUUCUUGAUUAUAUUCCAGAAAAGAAACGACUACGAUUGGUUGGUCGCGAUGAUAAUCAUCGUUGGUUGUGCACUUUAACUUUGAUUAAUGAAAAUACUAUCAUAUGCGCUGAUCAAGCCCAAAAUUUAUUUAUAUGCACAAGAGAUGAUAAGGAACCCGAUGAGAGCUCAUUAAAGAAUGAUGCGUUCUGUCAUAUAGGCGAUACAAUUAAUGCAAUUAAACCCGGAUGUUUAGUUAAAAAGGAACUACUUAACAGAACAAUAUGUUUCUCUGACAUGAGAAUAUUUGUUACAACUUCCGGAGCAAUAGGAGUGAUUGUACAAUUAAAAGACGAAUAUCAAACUCUCUUUUAUCAACUUCAACAACAACUUCUUCAGAGAUUAAAUUGGCCUGGAAAGAUUGAUUAUAAAUGGUUUAGGUCGAAUUCUAAACCGAAUCUACGUUAUCAUGGUUUAGUUGAUGGCACUAUUGUUGAAAAAUAUUUAACUAUUCCAUCAAGUUUACAGAAAGAGAUCUUUCACGCCAUUGCGGCGGAGAAAGAGGUUACAGUCCCUGUGGUUGAUCAUAAUCAUCUUAUACGUCUUGUGGAAGAGAUAAGCUCUAUUUAUUGA